AUGUCAACCGCUGGAUUGGAUAAAGCUUGGGAGAACACACAGAAGAAGACCUUCACUAGCUGGGUCAACUCUCAUUUGAGAAAGGUAGGCCAGUCGAUUGAGAACAUCCAGACCGACUUUGCCGAUGGAAUUAAGCUUGCUAGCCUUUUGGAGAUCAUCUCCAACGACCCAGUGUUCAAGAUCAACAAGACACCAAAGCUCAGAAUCCACAACAUCCAGAACAUUGGUUUGUGUCUGAAGCACAUCGAGAGCCAUGGCGUCAAGCUGGCCGGUAUCGGUGCUGAGGAGCUGGUCGACCAGAACCUCAAGAUGACCCUCGGUAUGAUCUGGACCAUUAUCUUGCGUUUCGCCAUUCAGGACAUCUCCCUCGAGGAGCUCUCGGCCAAGGAGGCCUUGUUGCUGUGGGUGCAGCGUUGCACUCAGAGCUACGGUCUCAAGGUGACCAACUUCCACACCAGCUUCCAGGACGGUCUCGUGUUCUGUGCCCUCAUCCACAAGCAUCGUCCAGACCUGCUCAACUACGACGGUCUCAACAAGGACGACAAGGCUGCCAACCUGCAGCAGGCUUUUGACGUUGCCGAGCGCGACCUUGACAUCCCCAAGAUGCUCGACGUCGGUGAUAUGCUCGACGUGCCCAAGCCAGACGAGCGUUCCGUCAUGACCUACGUUGCCCAAUACUACCAUCACUUUGCCUCGAGCCGCAAGGCUGAGGCCGCCGGCAAGCAGGUGUCCAAGGUGCUCGACCUCAUCAUGUCGAUCGAGCAGACCAAGCUCGACUACACCAAGCGUGCCACCGCUCUCGUCCAGUGGAUCAACGACACCACCCAGAAGCUGCACUCACGUGACUUUGGUGAGUCUGUCGAGUCUGUCCAGGCACUGAUCCAACAGUACAAGAACUACAAGUCCUCCGAGAAGCCACCAAGAGGACAAGAGUUGCUCGAGCUCGAGACCAUCUUCAACUCGCUGCAGACCAAGUUGAAGCUCAACCACCGUGAGCCAUUCGUCCCACCCGCAGGCCUCUCCCCACACGACAUUGAUGGAUUCUGGUACAAGCUGGAGAAGGAGGAGCAGGAGCACUCUGAGGCUCUGCGCAAGGAGUUGAAGAGACAGAAGCGUAUCGCCUACUACCUGCAAAAGUUCAACCAGAUCAUCAAGAGACUCGAGGCUUGGAUCCAGUCCAAGGUUGCCUACCUCUCAUCCAACGACUAUGGUGACUCGAUCACCGCCGUCCAGGCCAAGUUGAAGAACUUGGAGGCCUUUGAGGGCGAGUACCACUCAUUGACCGAGCAGUCCACCAACGACUUGAACUCCAUCCUCCAGCAGCUGCAGGAGCUCGGAUACAGUGGCGUGCCACAGCUCUCCCAGAGACGUGACCAGUUCUUCUCUGGUGAGUUGAGCCAGGUCCAGUCCAAGGCCGACACAUACAAGCAGGCCUUGCUCGACGAGUUGGCCAAGCUCCAAAAGAUCGAGGACAUGUUGGUCGAUUUCGCCAAGCGUGCCUCCAAGCUCAGCCUCUGGAUUGACUCUGCCGACGACACCGUCUCUGACCCAAUCGUCGCCGACUCUAUCGAGGGUGCCAACGAGUACCAGGCCAAGUUCGACGCCUUCUUGGAGGACCAGUCACACCAGUACUCUGAGCUCGAGGCUCUUGCCAACCUCACUCAGGAGUUGAGAAACUUGGGUCGUGCCGAGAACUCAUACUCUGUCAUCUCGUACGAGGACGUCUCCAACAAGUGGAACGCCCUCUUGGCCUCGAUCGAGGAGCGCAAGGCCCUCUUGGCCCAGGAGCUCCAGGUCCAGACCGACAACGACGCCCUCUGCCAGCAGUUCGCCGAGAACGCCCAAAAGGUCAGCGACUUCUGCUCGCAGCAGACUCAGGUUCUCUCCGAGAACAACUCGGCCAGCGCCGACGAGCAGCUCGAGGUUGCCCAGAACGUGUUGACCGCUGCUCACCAGAACCAGGCUCUGUUGGACAACUGUAUGCAAUUGUCACAGCAGGCUGAUGACCGCAACAUCACCGAUAACUCGCACACUCAGCUCACCAUCGAGUCGGUCAAGAUGAAGUGGGACAAGUUCAUUGCCUUGGCCAAGAAGAAGGAGCAGGUCAUCCAAGGAGAGAUCCUCUCCAAGCAGCACACUGGAAUCACCGCCGAGGAGUUGGCUGAGUUCCGUGCUUGCUACAACCACUUUGACAAGGACCACGACAAUGCACUCAACCGUCUCGAGUUCUCGUCCUCGCUCAAGGCCCUCGGUGAGGAGCUGCCGGACGCCCAGUUGGAUGCCAUCAUCGCCAAGAUUGGCCAGAACGGUUUGGUGUCGUUCGAGUCAUUCGUCGAGUACCUCUCAUCGACCAGAAAGGGAUCGGACACUGCCGACUCUACCCGCGAGGCUUUCAAGACCAUCGCCGAAGGUCACGACUUUGUCAGCGAGGCCCAGCUCCGUGGUGCCAUUCCAGAUGCCCAGAAGGUCGAGUACCUUUUGGCCAACAUCCCAAAGACUGCCCAAGGUUACGACUACAACUCAUACGUCAACAAGUUGUACUAA